AUGCUCAUAGAGAUUUCACAUAAGAGCYAGGCAACUUGCUUUACUAUUGGAGAAAGAAGCCAAAAGAGAUCGGUUACAACGUACGACUACCUGAAAGAUAAUGUUUUAUGUAACCAAGAGACAUUAUUACAAUGGCUUAAAGGUGAAGGAGUAAAUGCUAGUUCGAAAAGCUGUCCCCAAUGUGGAAAGGAGAUGAAAUGGGUGAAAUGCCGUGACAGAAAAGAUGGUUUCAAGUGGWUUUGUCGUCAAAGGACAAAAGGAAAAGAACACUGUUGCGAAGUUAGCAUCAGAAAAGGAAGUUGGUUCGAGGGAAGUAACAUGUCUUUGCAUGAAGUUGUUAAGUUUAUGUAUCGGUGGUGUAAUGGCACGGAACAAUGGCAGAUAAAGGAACGAUUAUGCUUAGCAACAAAUACAGUAGUUGACUGGGAAAACGUUUGUAGAAAAGUAUGUGAGAUUGUAAUUAUGAAGGAAAGAUGUAAGCUAGGGGGACCUGGAAAAGUUGUGCAAAUAGAUGAAAGUAAAAUCGGUAAACGGAAAUAUCAUAGAGGUCAUCGUGUUGAAGGUCAAUGGGCAUUUGGUGGGAUUGAGCAAGAUUCUAGAAGAUGCUUUAUUGUAGCAGUAGAGACUAGAAAAGAAGCGGAACUCUUGCCAAUCAUCAAGCAAUGGAUUGAACCUGGAACAUUGAUAAUAUCAGACUGUUGGAAAUCCUACGUAAACCUGACAAGAAACGGUUUUGAACACGCAACAGUGAAACAUUCAAAGGAAUUUGAAAAUUCAGAAGGUCAGUACACAAACAAAAUUGAAGGCCAUUGGCGGCACAUGAAGGCAAGUUUGCCUAGGUUUGGUGUGAGUAAACAUUUUUACUCUGGUUAUUUAGCAGAGUUUAUGUGGCGCUACCUACACAAGAAUGAGGACAAAUUUGAAAUUUGA